UUUUUGAGUCCUGUUGGGCCUACAACUUUGGUCUACUGCUAAUACUCUACCCCAGUUGGUUUGAUAUUCUUUGAUGAUUUUUGCAUCCUUGAACAACACAAAAACGAUUCAACAAAUUUUUUUUUCAAAGAGUCUCCUGGUUAAUUAUAGUUAUAUACAAUAAAUAGAGAAAAUAGCAAGUUGCAAAUAAUUCUCUCUUUCUCUCCAUCAGCUCUUUUGUGGAUCUUUUAUCCUAUCAUCCUCUAACUGAAGCUAGCUUACUAAUAAGGCAAUUAAUAUAUAUAUAUAUAUAUAUUGAAUUAAGCAUGAGGGCGAAGAAGUUUGUAAUGAUGUUUAUCUGGGUAUCUUCUUUGACAUGCUGUUUCUUCCCUCUCCCUGCAACCUCUGAUGGGCUGGUGAGAAUCGGUUUAAAGAAGAGAAGCUUGGACCUGAAGGGUCUAAGUGCUGCAAGAAUUAUUGGCAAAGGGAGCAAGUAUGUGAAGGAUGUACGAGAGAGGUGCAGAAAUUUGGGUGAUUCGUAUACCAUGUUUCCAAAGAAUUACUUAAUGUGCAUGGGUAACUCAUUUACGGAUACAGUAUUUUUGAGUAAUUACUUGAAUACUCGAUACUUCGGCGAGAUCAGUAUUGGUUCACCACCUCAGAACUUCACUGUUGUCUUCGAUACUGCCAGUUCCAACCUCUGGGUUCCAUCAUCAAAAUGCCUUCUAUCUAUCAAUUGCUAUUUCCAUUCUAGAUAUAUUUCAGGCUGGUCCAACACAUACAGAAAAAAUGGAAACAGAUGCCAAAUAAAUUAUGGAUCUACAUCACUUUUCGGCUUCUUCAGCCAAGAUAAUGUACAAAUUGGGGAUACCAUCAUCAAGAAUCAAACUUUCACUGAGAUCACAAAAGAAGGAGGUAUGAAUUUGUUCUUGGCAGAGUUCGAUGGGAUAAUGGGUCUGGGAUUCACGGAAAUAUCUGUAGGAAAUGUUACACCUAUUUGGCACAACAUGGCUAAGCAAGGUGUUGUGGACAAGAAGGUCUUCUCUUUCUGGUUAAAUAGAGAUCCAUUGGCAGAGGAAGGUGGUCAAAUCGUUUUUGGAGGUGUUGAUCCCACCCACUUUAAGGGAAAGCACACCUUUGUUCCGCUUACCCAGAAGGGCUUUUGGCAGCUUGAAAUGGAAGAUUUUUUUAUUGGGAACCGUUCAACAGGUUUUUGUAAGACUGGUUGCAAAGCAAUUGUGGAUUCAGGGAUUUCCUUACUUGCAGCCCCAAGUGACAUAGUGGAAGAGAUUAAUAAUGGCAUAGGAGCAACCGGAAUGUUGCGAAUGGAGUGUAGAGAAGUUGUGCGUAACUUCGGAGUGGCAAUUAUUGAACUCUUAAUAGCAAAGGUCCAACCGGAGCAAAUAUGUUCAAGGAUCGGCCUCUGCAUAUUUAAUAAAGCCACCACAAGAAGAAAUGACAUUGAAAUGGUAGUUGGAAGGCAAGAAGAGGGCGUGGAGGGAUCAUGGGCAUGGGUGGGCGAAGGUGUUCCCUGUGCCAUUUGUGAGAUGGUGGUUGCUUGGGUCGAACUUCAGCUCAGACAAAUGGAAACCAAUGAUAAAAUAUUGAACCAUGUCAGAAAGCUGUGCGACCACAUGCCUAAUUCCCAAGGGAAGUGGUUUGUCGACUGCAAUAGCAUUUCAGAGUUGCCAAAUGUUUCAUUUACCAUUGGAAAUGCAACUUUCCUGCUCACUCCAGAACAGUACAUACUGAAAACCGGAGAAGGCCAUUUUAAUACGUGCGUGAGUGGUUUUGUCCCACUGCAGAUGUCUGCUCCUUCUGGGGGUUCCCUUUGGGUUCUUGGAGAUAUGUUCAUGGCAGCCUAUCACACUGUGUUCGACUUUGGUAAUCUCCGAGUGCAUAACUGCCGGAAGCCUCAUAAAUAUGAUACAAUCUUCAUCCAGGUGUUUUCGAGCAGCUCUAAUUCAUCACCAGCUGCAAUCCUGAAAUUCAUCAGGAAAUAUUCGGAGAUGAGGCCGCGGAAGAUUCUUGUAUUGUUAAUCUGUUUAUGUGCUUUGACCUGCUCUUUACCCGCUCCAACUUCCUCUUGUGGGGUAGUGAGAAUCAGUUUAAAGAAGAGAAGGUUGGAUGUAAGCAGUCUAAAUGCCCCCAAAAACAUUAGCAAAGAGGACAAGUAUGCCAAGGAACUGCAAGAUAUCUGCAGUAGAUUGGACCUUUCAGAUGAAGCUACAGUGUCUCCAAAAGAUUAUUUGGUCUGUCGUAAUUUGGGUAAUUCAAAUACCGACAUGGUCUUCCUGAGUAAUUUCUUGAAUACCCGAUACUUUGGAGAGAUUGGUAUCGGUUCACCACUUGAGAACUUCACUGUGGUUUUCGAUACUGCAAGUUCCACCCACCAACUUAUUUACGGCGGUGACAGCAAUUCCAUGCCGCAGAUGAACUGCGGAUCCAGCAGCCAAUUUACAAACAAUAUUGGGAACAAUUGCACCACAGGUUAUGGAUCUAGAUCAGUUUCUGGGUUGACCGGCCGGAACAAUGUUCAAGUUGGGAACGUCAUCGUUAAAGAUCAAGCGUUCACUAACAUCACACGAGAAAGAAGUCCUGCUUUGUUAAUGGCAGAAUUUGAUGGGAUAAUGGGACUGGGUUUUCAGGAAAAGUCUGCAGGAAAUGUUUUCCCUAUCUGGUACAGCAUGGUCAGACAAGGUCUUGUGAGGGAGAAGGUGUUCUCUUUCUGGUUAAAUGGAAAUCCAGAGGAUGAGGAAGGAGGUGAGAUCGUCUUUGGUGGCCUUGAUCCCCAACAUUUUAAGGGCAAGCACACCUUUGUUCCUGUUGUUCGCAACGGCUACAGCUGGGAGCUUGAAAUAGGAGAUUUUCUUGUCGGGGAUCAUUCAACAGGUGUCUGUAAGAGUGGCUGUACUGCAAUUUUAGAAUCUGGGACUUCCUUUCUAGCUGGUCCAAGUGCUAUUGUGGCACAAAUUAAUCAGGCCAUUGGAGCAGAAGGAGUAGUGAACAUGGAAUGUAGAAAAUAUGUGCGUACAUAUGGAGUAAAAAUGAUGGAAUUCGUACUAUCACAGAUCAAAUCUAAGAAAUUAUGCUCAAGGUUCAGUAACUGCGAAUCUGAUAAGAGACUGCAUUCUGAGAGGAGGCGCAUUAGUGGCAUCGAGACGUUGGUUGGAAAGAGAGGAGCAGGGUUUCCAGCGGAUCCAUGUACCAUUUGUAAGUUAGUCAUAUCUUUCAUCAAAAUAAUGGUUAAAGGAGAAGGUAGUGUGGAUGAAAUAUGUGCAAGGAUCGGUCUCUGCAUGGCUUAUAAGUACAGUAGCAGCAGUUAUAGAGGCGGCAAUGGCAUUGAAAUGGUGGUUAGAAGGCGGCAUUUUGGGGGCGUGGGAUUAGCGUUGGGGGAACGUCGUGUUCCAUGUACCAUUUGUGAGACGGUAGUUGAUUGGAUUGAAAUGCAUCUCAAACAAAUGGAAAGCAGUGAGAAAAUUUUGAACUAUGUGAGCAAGCUGUGCGAGGAGUUGCCCAGUCCCCAUGGCAAGUCUUUUGUUGACUGCGAUAGCAUUUCAGAGUUGCCAAAUGUUACAUUUACCAUUGGAAAUAAUUCCUUCAACCUCACCCCACAACAGUACAUUCUCAAAACUUGGGAUGGCCGCAGUCUCAGGUGUGUUAGUGGUUUUGUCCCACUGGAUUUGUCUCGUCCAGGAGGUCCGCUUUGGAUCCUUGGAGAUAUGUUUAUGGCUGCGUAUCACACCGUGUUCGACUUUGGCACUCUGCGAGUAGGAUUCGCUGAAGCUGCUUAAAGUUAAUAUAGGCCUAAUUAUGUUUUAUUAUCUUUUGUCUAGUGGCAUGGUUUGGUUUAGCCAACAAGAUUCCGACUUCUUGUUUGCUGUCAAUUGGAGGGAUGUACAAGAAUAAGAUUGAUACGUACAAAGUACAUGCAUGUAUGCACCUGCACAAACGAGUUUGUUGCCUCUUUAAGUCAUUCCUCCAUAGGCUUGAGUUGAGUUGAGUUGAGGAGGCUUCAACUUUCAAGGCCCAACCAAUAGGAUUAUGCUGAUCAGUUGUUCAUCUCCCUUUUCUUUCCCUUUAUCAUUUCUCUUUUUCUGUUUACUUUCUCAACCAUCCACCAAAUAAAAAUAUUAAAAAAACACUUUUUAAAGUGGUUGUGCCCAAAUCCAAAUGUGCCUACUCAUCUUUUUUAGCCCUAUUGUUAAAGGCCCUCAGUGCCUAGCUUCAGCUUAUUAAGGUUUCCAUUCUGCCCGUAUUGGGCUUGGCCCAAUACGGCCCAUGUAUUCAGACUUGUCGCACUUCUUCUCUUGGCUCUACUGGCAUGUAGUUUCUGGUUAUGGUAGACUAUAGAAUCUUUGAGUGUUGAUUGGAAGUGGUUUAAAUUAUUUUCUAUAUAUCCAUCACUUAUCAAGCAGCAAA